AAACAGUGAAAUUUCAACGCAAGCACAAAAAUAAUAAGUGUCCUAUAUAAGUAAUGGAAGCCGUGGAGUCCAUCGAGGACGAGCUGAAAAAAGUUCCCAAUGGCGAUCCGUCAACGUAUUGUCGCUUGUGCCUGUCGGAUAUAGACGUGGAAGCUCUUUUCCCAGACGGACAAGGAGCGCGUCAAGAUCUUAUCGAUAGAAUACACGAAUGUACUACUAUUCAGAUAACAGUGGACGAAGAUUAUGCUUCGUCAAUAUGUUGGAUGUGUUCGAUAACACUGGAAGAAUUUCAAGGGUUUCGCACUCGAUGCCAACGAUAUGACGUUCUUAUUCACCGGAAACGUGAAGAAAAACAACUCGGUAUUAAACCGACGGCGGUGGCCGCUAUUGCCGACUACCAUGUAAGCAUGGAAGAUGAUAACAGCUUCGAUGACUACGAUGGCGAACUAGAUCAGGAUGGCGAUCCAGAAGGUCCUGGAUUACUUCAAAUCGCUAGCAUUCAGAAAAAUUACGAUACAGAGUCUAACGAAAGCCUUUUAGAACCGACAGCAUUUGAGCCAUAUGAGAAUGAUUUAAAACCAGAUGCAGAAACGUUAGCUGCAUACGCUGAGCACUUCAAAGCAAGCGAUGCUGAUCGCGAUACGCAAGAUUCAACACCAGAUGAUGAGUUGCGACGCUUUAAGUGCAAUUUAUGUACCAGAAGUUUCAAAAACCGUGCGAAUCUAUGGGAACAUACUCGUCUGCAUUCUGGUAAGCUUCCUUUUGCCUGCAAUGAUUGCGGAACUACCUUCAGUCGGGUUAAAUCUCUGAUGGCACAUCAAGAAAAGUACCAUUCGAAAAAUUCAACCGAGGAUCCUCCGCUGAGUUUAAAAUGCAAGUUUUGUCCACGUGUGUUUCCACGUAAAGGCGACCGGACACAACAUAUGAAGAUGGGACACCCUGAUCUGUACAACCCAAAUGAUAAAUUGGAAACGCCAAGCCCAGCAAUCUCUAAAGAAAGGUCUACAUCAGCCACAGUAUCAACACCGGACUCACACAUUGUUUCUCCUGUAGCAAAAAAGAAACCUUGUAAUACUCCAACGCCUAGUCCGGUAACGGAUUCGGCGGCUGCUCGUUUCUGCUGUAAUAUGUGCACUAAGAACUUUCAAUGCGUACAACAAUUAGAAGAUCAUAUAGGAUUGAUGCAUCCCAAGGACGGUAUUCUAAAGUGUUCUUUAUGUCCCAAAAUAUUCAAAUCAAAACAAACUCUUCGUAUGCAUAUUCUCAAUCACCAGGGCAAGCUGCCUUACAAGUGUGACGAGUGCGGAUCGCGCUUCGAUCGACGCUUUUACCUGCAGAAACAUCGGGACAAGUAUCAUGGCGAUAAUAGUAAGGCUCUUCAUUGUCGCUAUCGUUGCAAAUUCUGCCCGCGAAUUUUCCAUCGUAAAAUUGACCGAAAGACUCACAUACGUAUGGUACACUCCAAGGAGAUUAAGGUUAAAAAAGAAAAAAUCGAUCAAACUUUAUCAGCUAUUGAGUACUCCGCAAGGGAUGACAGUGACGAUCAAGUGCUUCAUCCUUUGACGCCAGUUGUAGCCAGUUCUCCGAGUGUGGGCUUUAGCUGCAAACAUUGUGGCGAGCAAUUUCCGACACCUGCUAUGCUUAAAGAGCACUCUGACGAUCAACAUUCGAAAAAGGGCGAACAACAGGACAUCAAGCCAGUGCUGCUCACUUUACCACCGACUUUAGCUACAAGAAUGGAAAAGAAAGUCGUUCCGGCCAGAUCAAUUUCGAAUGUCAGGCGUCCGUACAAAUGUCCGUAUUGUCCAAAGACAUUUACCCAGAAAUACGUCAUGAAGGAGCACACGUUCAUUCAUACUGGAUCGCUACGAUAUCGGUGCGAUGAAUGCAUGGCCAUGUUUAAUCGACCGCACUAUUUAAGAGCUCACAAAAUGAAAUAUCACGGUCAAAACAGCAAAUUCAAGCCGCUUAAGUGCCGUUUUUGUACGCGCAGUUUCGUGCGAAAGCAAGAUAUAAAAAUCCACGAACGCAUCGCUCAUGGUAUUACUGCAUUGAAUACAGUGGUGCGACCUGCGCCAGAAAUUGAAUGCAACGGAUUAGAAAGUGUUGACCAGAACCUGGGAGAAGCCGAUGAUGAAGUAGAUAUUGAUGAUGACGAUGAUGAUUUGGGUGAAGAAGUCAUCCAAUUCGACGACGAUUUCAACAAACACUUUGACGAUAAAAGUGAUAUCGAGGAUAUCAAUGAAAUACAAGGUGAACCGGAAAUUCGUGAUGUUGUGGUCACUCUGGAACGUAUUCCCGAAGAUGUCCUGCAAUCGCUAGACAAUUCUUAUGAAAACGAAUCUUCCAAUGAACCGGAAUGUACUGCCAGUGCUUCGUCGACGCCACGUUUGGGAGUUGGAAUUACGUUGCAUCGGUGCCCGAAAUGUCUAAAAGUUUUUAAAACGCGGAAAUCACUGAAACAUCACAUGAUAUAUCACCAAAAUCAAUUGCCCUUUUCUUGUGAUGAGUGUGGUGUUCAGUUUGCUCGCAAUCGUCCAUUACAAAUACACAAACAGCGCUACCACUCCGAAGAUGCUCCUUACACCGGGAAACGGUUCAGCUGCGACUACUGCCCGAGAAUUUUCUUGCGAGAACGAGAUAAACUUUUCCAUCACAAAACCGUUCAUAGUUUUGAGCGGAACUAUAGUCAGCGAGAAGAAAAUACACCUGAAUUGAAAAAAUCUAAAAUUAAAAAGCGAAAAGACUACAUCUGUAUACUCUGUUGUGAGCGCUUUGAGACAGAGAAGUCUUGUCAGCGACAUAUCAGUGAGUUUCAUCCGACAGAAGCUCUUCUCAAAAAUCCAGUACAAUCACCAACAUGCAGCGAUAUUACCACACCGAAACAAGAUCCCAUAAGUGACAGCAAACCAUUCAUUCCAUCUUCUCCAUCGCAGUCCUUUCCAAUCUCAAAAAUAGUUCCUGCAACUUCGUGUAUUAAACCGUACAAACUAUGCCGCUGCACGACUUGUAUGUCGAUUUUCAAAAAUCGUGAAAACUGGUCGGCACACAUACAUUCACACUCUAACGUACGUCCGCAUCAUUGCGAACCGUGUUUAAUUAAACGCAAGAGCCGCUCAAACCGAAAAGUUACUUCGGUUGGAUUUAAAUGUCAGCACUGUCCAAAGGUGUUUACCAAGGCAAGUUCGCUGAUAACGCAUCAACGUUUGCACACUUCCGAAUUGCGCUUCCCCUGCGACGAGUGCGGAAUGAUGUACGAUCGCUACCGGUUGUUACAAACGCACAAAGAACGUUAUCAUUCAGAGGAUUCGAUGCAGUAUCCUGCACUGGUUACCUUCAGCUGCAGCUUUUGUCCGAGAACAUUCAUGCGACUACGCGAUCGUAAUUUCCACCAGGAGUCGGUACACGCAACCUAGGAUCGCAUUAAUCGUAACGUUUAUCUAUACAUCAUUGAAUGAAAUUGUUUGAACAGCCAUGUGGAGUUAUUCUCGACUGCGGCGUUUAAUCUUUCUAGUAUUAUUACAUGACGCAUCAUAUAGCGGCAUACAUCAACAUUUUUUUAUUGAGUUUUUUUCAUACAAAAUUAUUUUAUUUUUUUGUGAUAAGAAUUUUAUUACAGAAACUUAUGAAAAAUUUAGAUUCAACACAUAUAAUUCGUUAGCUUUUAAUUCUAUGU